UCAUAUACCCUCAAGGAAAUCUCUAUAAAAAGGAAAUCCAAAAUGUUUGCCAAUCAAGUUUUUCUAUAUGCAUGCCUGAUCUUUGGACUCAUCCUGUCAUAUGCCAGCGCCGAUACGCCCAUCAGAGAAUGCGUCAAUACAAAAGGUCCGUUGCCUCUGAUGGUGCAAAUUAAUGACUGCAAUGCGCUGCCCUGUGAUUUGCUCAAGGGCCAAGAGUCCACCAUAGCCAUACAGUUUGUAGCCACCCGCAAUACCAUGUAUCAGCUGACGGCCAAGGUUCACCUGACCUCCCUAGGCGUUACCAUACCCUUUGAACUGGACUCGCAGCGCAGUAAUGUGUGCCAGAAUCUGUUGCACGGUGCCUACUGUCCUCUGGACGCUGACGAGGAUGUCACCUAUCGCCUGUUGCUGCCCGUACCCAGCAACCAGCCAGAGGUGCCAACCCGCCUGCAGGUAACCCUGUACGAUUCAGAGCGCAAGGACGAGGUGGUUGCCUGCUUUCUGGCCGAUACACGUGUCCGCAAACCGUAGGCUAAUAAACUUAUGCUUUCGUUGUUAAUGUUAAUCGUAUUGUUUAUGAAACAUUGUAUCAAUGUUUGCUAUUAAUCGCAA